AGGUGUCAUGGAUGAACUCCAAAGCUUGGACCCCAGAAGGCAGGAGUUGCUAGAGGCCAGAUUUACAGGAGGUGUCAGUGGCAGUACUGGAAGCACCGGAAGUUGUAGCGUUGGAGCAAAAGCCUCAACAAACAAUGAAAGCUCUAACCACAGCUUUGGAAGCCUGGGUUCUUUAAGCGACAAAGAGUCAGAGACUCCAGAAAAGAAACAGCCAGACUCUUCACGGGGGAGGAAGAGGAAAGCAGAGAAUCAGAGUGAAAGCAGUCAAGGAAAGAACAUUGGAGGCCGAGGACACAAGAUUAGUGACUACUUUGAUUACCAAGGUGGGAAUGGCUCCAGUCCUGUAAGAGGUCUACCUCCUUCAAUACGGUCUCCACAGAACUCUCACUCACAUUCCACCCCUUCAUCUUCUGUUCGACAGAAUAGUCCUUCUCCCACUGCAUUAGCAUUUGCGGACCAUCUUAUAACACCCACAAAACAAUUAUCGUAUAAAAUAAUUCAAACGGAUCUUACAAUGAUGAAACUUGCUGCAUUAGAAAGUAAUAAAAAUCAGGAUCUGGAGAAAAAAGAAGGCAGAAUAGAUGAUUUGCUCAGGACAAACUGUGACCUUAGGCGACAAAUAGACGAACAGCAAAAAAUACUUGAAAAAUACAAAGAGCGAUUAAAUAAAUGUAUUUCCAUGAGCAAGAAACUUCUUAUUGAAAAGAGCACUCAGGAGAAAUUGGCGAGCAGAGAGAAGAGCAUGCAGGACAGAUUGCGGCUAGGGCACUUCACUACUGUCCGGCACGGGGCCUCCUUUACAGAACAGUGGACAGAUGGAUUUGCUUUUCAGAAUCUUGUCAAGCAGCAGGAAUGGGUGAAUCAGCAGAGAGAAGAUAUUGAACGACAAAGAAAACUAUUGGCGAAGCGAAAACCUCCGUCUACCAACAACGCUCAGACCCCGUCCACCAUCUCUGAACCAAAGCAGAGGAAAAAUAAAGCUGUAAAUGGGGCAGAGAAUGACCCUUUUGUAAAACCUACUUUACCCCAAUUGUUAACGUUAGCCGAAUACCACGAACAGGAAGAGAUUUUUAAACUCAGACUUGGGCAUUUGAAAAAGGAGGAAGCAGAGAUCCAGGCGGAACUGGAACGUUUGGAAAGGGUUCGAAAUCUGCACAUACGAGAACUGAAACGAAUUAACAAUGAGGACAACUCACAAUUUAAAGAUCACCCUACAUUGAACGAAAGAUAUUUAUUACUUCAUUUACUUGGUCGAGGUGGUUUUAGUGAAGUGUACAAGGCUUUUGAUCUUUAUGAACAAAGAUAUGCUGCUGUGAAAAUUCACCAACUUAACAAAAGCUGGAGAGACGAGAAGAAGGAAAAUUACCACAAGCAUGCCUGCAGAGAGUACAGAAUACACAAAGAGCUUGAUCACCCACGAAUAGUGAAACUUUAUGAUUACUUUUCCUUGGAUACAGACACAUUCUGUACGGUGCUGGAAUACUGUGAAGGAAAUGAUCUUGACUUCUAUCUGAAACAGCACAAACUGAUGUCUGAAAAAGAAGCCAGGUCUAUUGUAAUGCAAAUAGUCAAUGCACUACGCUAUCUCAAUGAGAUCAAGCCUCCCAUUAUUCAUUAUGAUCUAAAGCCAGGUAAUAUUCUUCUUGUUGAUGGUACAGCGUGUGGUGAGAUUAAAAUCACAGACUUUGGUUUGUCUAAAAUCAUGGAUGAUGACAGCUAUGGUGUGGAUGGAAUGGAUUUGACUUCACAAGGAGCUGGAACAUACUGGUACCUUCCCCCAGAAUGCUUUGUAGUGGGCAAAGAGCCACCAAAGAUUUCCAAUAAAGUAGAUGUGUGGUCAGUAGGAGUCAUCUUUUUCAAUGUCUCUAUGGCAGGAAGCCAUUUGGCCACAAUCAGUCACAACAAGACAUAUUACAAGAAAAUACCAUACUGAAAGCUACAGAUGUUCAGUUUCCUGUGAAGCCUGUUGUAAGCAAUGAAGCCAAGGCAUUUAUUAGGCGAUGUUUAGCUUACCGCAAAGAAGACAGAUUUGAUGUUCACCAGCUGGCGAAUGACGCCUAUCUUCUCCCACAUAUGAGGAGAUCCAACUCUUCAGGAAACCUGCACAUGUCAGGGCUAGUGGCCUCUCCCACCACACCUACGUCAAGCAUCAUUUCAUACUGA